GGUGGCCGCGAAUCCUGUCUCAGCCACCACGGACACGGCAGGGUUGCGCCAUUCCUCCGUGACCCUCCUCUUCCCCGCCCUCACUUGUAGCGAUCGACUGCAUUGACCCACUGAGGGAGCAGCUCAGCUAGGAUCGCUGGCCGAACAACCUGUUUUCUUGCUGCAUGACGCUAUGACCAGUCCCUCGAGUAACCUUGGUCUUUCAUCCACGUCAGUCCCUGGGGCACAGCGCUUGAGCAGUCGUCACCUAGUCUAAAGGUGUGGUACGAAGAAUGCCUGACAAAACUUGGGAUCAGCAUUGCCCCUUUUCACAUACGUUGGCAGUCAACUUUCUUCAACCGGUUCUUUUUAAAGAUGGGACGAUGGAAACCUCAGUUUCUGUACUUGUGGUUCAGUCUUGGGAUGGGAUUUGGAGUGGUCUUCAUGUUUAUCUCAAUAAUACUUCUAACGAAAACCCUGGCACAGACAUUGGCGGUGAUGUCAGCCGAUGGGACAGUGGCUGAGAACAAACGCAUUCUGCAAGUUGUGGUGCCUGGUGUUAACCUACCUACGAGCCAACUGGUAUAUUUUUUCACUGUGAUUCUGAUCAGUGGGAUUAUUCACGAAAUAGGCCAUGGGGUGGCUGCAGUCAGGGAGCAAGUGAGAUUUAACGGCUUUGGAAUGUUUAUUUUUGUUGUCUAUCCUGGGGCAUUUGUUGACCUCUACACAAACCAUUUGCAGUUGAUUUCCCCAAUUCAACAAUUACGAGUAUUUUGUGCAGGAGUAUGGCACAAUUUCAUCCUGGCUUUGAUGGCUUUACUCAUCCUGUACUCAUUGCCACUCUUUCUCCUUCCCUUGUACUACACUGGAAUUGGGGCAUUGGUCACUGAAGUCACAGAGAAUUCACCCGCCAGUGGACCCAGAGGACUGUUUACCGGUGAUCUUAUUAAAUAUGUAGAGAACUGUUCAGUUCACUGUGUGGAAGAUUGGCACAAGUGCAUUGAAGAAAUCCAUCAGAAACCUCAGACUGGAUACUGUGUUAAUGAAGUGACCCUGCAGCACCUCAGCUCUGUGGCUCGAGCGUACAAGAGGCUUGAUGGAACCACUGAGUGUUGUAACAACAACAGCCUUGUGGAUAUUUGUUUUUCUUACCAUGGCAACUUGCAGAUGCCUCAGCAUGUUUGCCUGCCAGCCAGGAAAACCAUUGAAUCUAGUCGGUUGUGCCAGCGGAAUGCAGACUGUCAGAAGGAGUUUAUCCAUAGCCUGUGUGCAAAGCCUUCCAUGGAAAACCAAACCAGGCUGAUCAGAGUCAAGCACGCGUCUGCCAUGGAUAUGUUAUUUGUUGGGCACCCUGUACAUCUUCAGUAUGCAGUGAGUCUUACCAACUACAUGCCACGCUUUGGUUUCCUACACUUGAAGAUCCCGGUUGUAAUAGAAACUUUUUGCAAAUAUGUGCUUUCCUUAUCAGGAGCUCUCGCAGUAAUAAAUGCUGUGCCAUGUUUUGCUCUGGAUGGACAGUGGAUCUUGAAUUCCUUCCUGGAGGCCACGCUCAGCUCACUUAUUGUAGAGAAGAAUCAUCGGGAUCUCAUUGGAUUUUUUAUCUUGCUUUUUGGCAGUGCCCUGCUGGCUUCCAAUGUGGUUCUAGGUCUUUGGAUGGUAACAGCUAGGUAGUACUUUAAGCCUGAUAACUCCCAUUUAUGCCUCUAUAGCAUAGUCCUCACUGCCUCCAAUUCCACAUUGUGGAAAUUGCUGAGCACAAUCCCAAGAUUUUAAAGGACCCCUGUUGGACUGUGACCAUGUAAUUUUGUGCCAACUAUUUGGUUGGGCAAGCCUCCUCUGGAGCAUAAAAUUGGAAAAUAUAUUGGAUAGGGUGAGGGCAUCUUCUAUCAUUCAACUAUUGUAGCUUUGAGUGGAAUAGUUUCAGUUCUGUCUGUUUAAAUUAGGUGUUGGGGCCCAUCAUCAGCUGCAGAAAUGUUCACUAUGUCAAUCUGUAACCUUGUGGCCUGGAACAUCUCUCCCUCCAUCAUUAAAAUCAGGCCAGGCUCCAUAAAGCAAAUUUGGGUAAGCACCAGGCAUGCCCAUUUAAGCUAUAACCCAAGUCUGUAAGUAUGCUGACAACAUUAUCAGCAUUUCAUAGACAUUUCACUACAGAUUUGAUCAAAUCUAUGCAGCACUAUCAUGUUUGGUAGACCCAUGGCCAUGGCACUAUUAGCGCUGGAGAAGGAGGUUGUUCAAACGAACGUUCCCAUUCUUGCCGGGUGCAAGGCCCAGAACGAGUCUGAAGUAGUCAGGUACAUGUUCAGCCAAAAGUGCUGAGUGAUGCUCCAUCCUCCUGAGGUUCCCUCUAUAAAAGAAGCCAGUUUAAUUCAGUUCAUGUGAUAUCAAGUAGUGGUUGAGCCAGCUGGAUACAGCACACAACAACUUACUGUAAUACUGAUGACCGUCAGGGCAAGCUGUAUCAGUAGCCAGGUUGUUCCAUUACAGUGACAACACUAGCAUCAUCAUUGGUUUGACAAUGUGAAAUAUAGUCUGGUAUGUUCUAAAAAACUAACCACCACCCAAUCAGUCUGCUGUCACUCACUGGAAAUGUGAUGAAAGGUUUGUUGACGGUGCUAUCAGGCAGCUCUUACUGGACCACCAGAGCUCAGUUUGGUUUUCACUAGAACCAGCUGGGCCCAGACAUCAUCAUUUGAUCCAUACUUGGACCAAGGAGUGAGGUGCGAGUUACUGCCCUUGAUAUUGAGGGUGCAUUUCACUGAGUGCAGCAUCUAAGGGCCCUGUUUAAUCUGACAUCAGUGGGAUUCAAGGAUGACUGGAGUCAUAAUACCUCUUACAGAGGAAACCAGAUGUAACACGCACAAAAUGUUGGUAAUUGGAUGUCAAUCCUAUCUCUAGUAUGUCACUACAGGAAUUCCUCAGGGCACCAAAUUCUCACCACCAAAUUCAGCUGCUACAUCAAUAAUACCCCUUUUGUCAUUAGCAAAGAGUAGGAUUGUUUGCAACUGAUUAAUCCGAAACAGCUGGAAUAAUAAAUGUGUGACAGCACAAGCAGGGAAGUGACUAGAUAUCCUGUACAUGAGUGACUCAUUUGAUAUCAUAUAGCUCUUCCAAUAUCAACAGGACACUUGCUUGGAGUGUGUUGGAAUACUCUCAUUCAACAAGAUGAGUGUAACUCAAUAACACUUAUGAAGCUUGGUCAUCCAAAGUUCAAACCUUGAGAUUCCUCUCCUUACAGUCCACCACAAAACAAGAAACCCAAAAAGAACCCUUCAAAAAAAAAGAGCAAUAAACCC